AUGACGUCGGAUCUGCUUGCUGGCUUCCCGGCAAACGCGCCGCCCAAACCCAAAACCAAACUUCGAUUUGCAGAUGUUGCAGUAACAGCAACAGCAAAAGAUUUCGUCGGCUUCUACAGAGGCAAACAGUACCACCAACCAGACUUCGAUGCCGUCCUCGACCGCGCCUCGGCUGCAGGCGUCGAAAAGGUGAUGCUCACGGGCAUGUCCCUGAGCGACGCUCCCACGAAUCUCUCCAUUGCCAAGUCGCGGCCAGCAGGGACCUGUUUCGUGACGAUUGGCAUCCAUCCGUAUCACGCCGCGGAGCCCGAUGCCGAGGAAGACGGCGGCGAGGAUGGUCAUUUCAAAAAGUUGGUAGAGGUCGUCCGCGAAGCAUUGAGUUCCGCGUCCGAAGGCAAAUCAUCGUCGUUGGCUGCUUUUGGCGAGUUGGGCCUCGACUAUGACCGCCUAAACCACGCGUCCAAGGAAGCACAGAUCCGCACUUUUAAGCGGCAGUUGGAUCUAUUUGUCGAGCAAAAGCUGGAAUUGCCCCUGUUUCUCCAUUGUCGCGCUGCUUACGAUGACUUCGUGGAGAUCAUCAAGCCGUACCUCCCCAACCUCCCCCGCCGUGGCUUGGUUCACUCCUUUGUGGGCACAUCGGCUCAGAUGAGAACCCUGGUCGAGCUCGGCUUCGACAUCAGCGUCAACGGCUUCAGCUUUCAGGACAGGGAAAGUCUGGAGAUGGUGCGCGAUAUCCCGUUGGAGCACUUGCAGAUCGAGACGGAUGCGCCGUGGGGUGAGAUACCAGCGGGUUCGGAGGUGGCGAAGAGGUAUCUCGGGAACGCGUCUGCUUUGCCGCAGAGUAAGAAGAAGGACAAGUUCGAGCUGGGUCUCAUGGUCAAGGGGAGGAAUGAGAGUUGUACAAUGGACAGGGUUGCAUUCGUCGUGGCUGGUUUGAAAGGGCUGAGUUUGGAUGAUAUCGCUGAGGCGGCUUGGAGGAAUAGUGUCAAGAUGUUUGGAUUUGGUGAGAGCUAA